AUGGACGACGCACUCAUGCCAAAAUUACUUCGUCUUGUGCGCAAUGGCAGGACUCCACUGAAGGGCUGCAACGUAUUUAUUUUUGGGAAUUUGCAAAUGCUUGAUCUGGGUCCGUGCUUUGAGGACGAAGAAGCUCUGCAGGCACACCGCUCCAAGAAGGGGAUGUCGUCGGAAGUUGCGCUUGUGGUUUCCGUUAAGGGUGCUGUAGCUGAGAUUUGGCGUUUCCAAGACUACAGAGUGGCGAGUGUGAUGUCGCCCAACUCCAAGGCAUCCUUCUCUACAGCCGCAUCUCAGGGAGUUGUGAUAACAGAACAGCAGUGGAAUUCGUUAGAAAUAUUAAUACGUGUUAUCUUUGCGUAUCUACGCAUUCACGAAAUAUUUGUGGAUAUUGCAGAUAUCGAUGCCAGCGAUAUAGUCUUGCGUCUGGUUGUGGACAUGGACGAACUUCCGCGUCUGGAAAAAGACAGUUGUGUAAGGAGGCUUUGGGCAGUGGAGGGGUUGGUGAGUGUUAGCGUUACCUACAACCAACUCUGGCGUGCCUUUCUCAAGCGGGAGGAGAAUAAGGUAAUGGUGAGUAAUGCGGCAGCAACCGCAAAGGGGGAAAUCAUCGCUGAACAACGUGUGGGAACUGCGUUGGUUCCCUGUUCAGAAUCAGUUGGCAGUGGGCGCUCGAUUCUAACACCGCACUUUGCUCCAGGUCCCCUGCCAAGCUCUGUUGGGUCAAGCUUUUUACUGCAGAAGUGGCCGAAGAGCCCCACCUUGCCCUUGUCUGAUUUUUCUCUUCCCCUCACCUCAACAGCCGUGGCGGACAACAGCUACUCAUACUAUAAGACCCCUUCUCAAGGUGCUGUCGCUGCGGCAGUUGCGGCACAUGGCACACGCACUCAAGCAGUUCGUGGCUAUACCUUUGCUUCAGUCCCAACCUUUGCGGCUCAUAUAACUGACUCACACUCUGAUCGUGAAAGUGAUACGACAAGUUCUCAGGAGCUGCUUCAUGAAUUGUUGGAAGUCUGUGAAGUAAGCCUUCAUGAAGCAACCAUUAGUAUUCACGAGGUGCUCGCUAUUCUUGAAAAGAAACCACUAUGCUCUUGA